AUGUUCCUUAAUAUUCCUUUGCUCGACGACAUCUUCAAAGGUCGUAAGAACAAUCGCAAGCAACCGCUGGAAGAUUAUGUGGAUCGCCUGCACUACUACGUGACAGUCUACGUCCUUUGCAUUUUUGCGUUACUCGUUGGCGCAAAGCAACACUUUGGAAAUCCUAUCGACUGCUUCAUUUCGGCUGAUUAUGAUAAGGUUCGCACUUGGCAAGCCUACAUACUCGAUUACUGCUUCAUGCAAGGUACUUAUCGUUAUGAACUCGGCAUGAAUAGAACCACCCCAUAUUUGAAUGGACGGGAUCCGUCAAACACGAACUACAUUUCCAUCAAAUACUAUCAGUGGGUCCCGUUCUUUUUCGCCUUUCAAUUGUUGUGCUUCAUGGUGCCUGACUUUUUCUGGGUCUACAUACAGUCUUAUCUCUAUAUCGAUAUGUCUAUGGUGGUAACGGAAUGUUCAGAGCUGAAUGCUGAAAAGCGUUCGAGUAAUCGUUCAUCGAAAUUGAGUAAUAUCGCGGACUACAUAUUUAGCUACUUCUACUACAGAAAAAUCGCUCGUCGUGGUGUCAUCUCUUCCGUAUUCCGCAUGCCAGCAGUUGCGACUGUUUUUUAUGGUAUUACAAAAUUUCUGUACCUCAUGAACGCAAUUCUGCAGCUCUACCUCACGACAUACUUCCUUGGCUUUCCCGAUAUGCGUUGGGGUCUUCGGAUGAUGCUGGCUUUUUUGACGAAAAAAGCAUUUCCGCGAAUGAUUGGCGGAGUUCGAAUUCCGCAUCAUGGUGGUAUGGCACAGUUCCCUUACUUCCCUCUUGAAGUCUUCUGUAAUUACACCAGGAUGGUGGAGAACAAUAAUGUGCACACAAGCUCAACUCAGUGUAUGAUUCCAUUAAACUACAUCAAUGAAAAGCUCUUCCUGUUCUUGUGGUUCUGGAUCAUGCUACUGAUAAUGAUUACUAUGGUCAACAUUGUGAUGUUCGUGGGCUCAAUCAUGAACAAGUCACAGAGAGAAGAUACGAUUCUAACCUAUCUCAGGGAGAAAGAUGACGAGUUACUUCUCAAUGACAAACAUGGCUUGGCUAGCAAAUUCGUUCAUGGGUUCAUGGGCGCCGAUGGCGUUCUUCUGACGCGUUUCAUGACCAACAAAGCGGGAUCGUUGGCAUGUCGAGAUGUUGUACAACGAGUGUGGACCAAAUAUGCACAUGAACGUGGUGCUGCGAUGAAGGUAGACAGCGAUGACGAGUGGAGCGUACCGUUCAGCGAGACAUGUUAUUCGGGCAUUCCUCUCCCUACCUAUCACGACGAAGAUCGUAAAAAGUCACGUUGUUAG